AUGUUACUGCACCCGAGUCCUUCACCUGCCGGCUUGGGGCUGAGCAAAGACCAGGUUCGGAGCUGCACGGCGGAAGUCGUGCGUGAUACCCUGCCCCCACGCGAGGCCACCAGCCUGCUCGAGCUUUUGCAGCGAGCUGCAACCACCUCUGCAGGGAUCACCUUUUACAAGACCUCAGGCUCUACUGCCGAAUCGGCAGAGUGGUUUUCCUACCAGCAGCUGCUCAACCAGGCCUGCCAUGAUGCGCACUGGCUGCAAACCUCGGUGUCGAACCUGCAGCGGGACACGGUCUUCCUGCUGCAUUUCGACACCCACGAGGAAAAUAUCCGCUGGUUCUGGGCGUGCACAGUCGCGGGCUAUCUGCCGUGUAUCGUUCCCAAGUUCGCGGUGUCGACCGACCGUCGCAUUGCGCAGGCCGAACACAUCCUCCGGCUGCUGGAUGGGCCGGUGGUGCUCACCAAUGGCCGCAUGGCGUGCGCCUUUCAGGGCAUCGACACCCCGCGUUUGUAUCGCGUCGAUCAGCACACCGCAAUGACCACCAGACUGGCCACCACGGCAGCCGCCACGCCGCUCCCAGUGGAUCGCAACCAACGGGCCGACGAUCUCGGAGCCCUGAUGCUCACCUCGGGCAGCACCGGCUUCUCCAAAGCCGUGUGUCUCCGGCAGCCGCAGAUGCUGGCCGCAGCCGCCGGCAAAGCCGCACACUGCGGAGCGACCUCUCAGGACGUCUUCCUCAGCUGGAUCGCGCUCGACCACGUCGUCAACCUGGUCGAGAUGCACCUCCACGCCAUGCGGCUGGGGGCAGAGCAGAUCCAGGUGGCGACUGAGCUGGUGGUGGCCGAACCGCGCCGCUUCCUCAACCUGGUCGAUCGCCAUCGCGUCUCCCUCAGCUUUGCCCCCAACUUCUUCCUGGCCCUGCUGUGCGAGCGCGUCUGUCAUCCCACACCGGAGCAGGAGGCCCAGCCCGCCGCAAGCUGGGACCUCUCGUGUCUGCGCUGUGUCUUCUCUGGCGGCGAGGCCACUGUGCGGCAAAUGGCGGUGCAGCUCCUCCGGGCACUCAGGCCCUACGGCGCCCGGCCCUUCAUCCGCGCGGGCUACGGCUUGACCGAGUCGUGCGCGGGCAUGGUCUGGGACCUGGUCGACCACACUCUGGAGGGCCUCCACGACGCGGCUGGUGAAUUUAUGUGCUGCGGCCUGCCCAUCCCCGGGGUGGAGAUGCGCGUGCUGCGGGAGAGCGACGAGAGCGAGGCGGCCGCGGGCGAGGAAGGGAUGUUGCAGCUGCGCGGAGCCGUGCUGUUCGACCGAUACUACUGUGAUGCAGCCGCCACGCGUGCGGCCUUCACGUCCGACGGCUGGUUCAUCACAGGGGACAACGCCUACCUGGAUGCGCACGGCCAGCUGUACAUCACGGGCCGCACCAAGGACACGCUCCUGCUCAACGGGCUGACCAUCUUUGCUGUCGAGGUCGAGCAUAGCCUCGAGCAGGCCCGGAUCCCCGGUCUGACCCCGAGCUUCACGCUCGUCUUCGCCCACCGGCCCCCCGGUGCCCUGACCGAAUCCUACUGCGUAGUGUACCUGCCCAGCUACAGCCCAGACGACGCCGCGGCCCGCGUCGCCACCACCGAAGCCAUCGAGCGGAUCGCCAGUCUGGUCGUGCACGUCAAGCCCGCCGCGGUGCUCCCCCUGCCACGUAGCUACUUCGAAAAGACCUCCCUCGGCAAGCUCUCGCGCGCACACUUCCGGCGCCUCUUCGAGUCCGGCGCCCUGGACUCCGAACGCGAAGCGCACGAGAGCAGCAUCCAUGCGCACCGCCAAGCGCACCGGCAGGCCCCCUCCUCGCCCAUCGAGCAAACGAUCCUCACCCUCAUCUGCGCGCGCCUCCACGCGGCCGACCCCGACUCUGUCAGCGUGACCACCAACCUCUUCAGCCUGGGCCUCUCUUCGCUCGACUUCUACACCGUCACCCAAGACCUGCACCAAACCUUUGGAGUGGUCUUCACCCUCCCGGACCUCCUCAUGGACCCGACCGUUGCCGGUCUCGCCCGCCGCCUGGCCUCCAAGCAGCACCAACAACAACCCAGCCCUAACUCCCACUCCCACUCCCUCCCUCUCUCCCCCUCCCCAAAACCAGACAACCGCACAGACUACGACCCCGUCGUCCCCCUGCAACUCACCGGCCCCAAAACCCCACUAUGGCUCGUUCACCCCGCCUCCGGCAACGUCCUCAUCUUCGCCAACCUGGCGCGCGCCUUCCACGACCGACCCAUCUACGCCUUCCGCUCCCGCGGCGUCCAACCCGGCGAGCCGCUGUUUACCAGCAUCGCCGAGAUGGCCUCCACCUACGCAGCAGCGAUGCAACGCACGCAGCCCGCAGGCCCCUACGCACUGGCCGGCUACUCGCUCGGCAGCAGCAUCGCGUUCGAGAUCGCCAAACGCCUCGAAUCCGCCGGCCAAGAAGUCCGUUUCCUCGGCGCUCUCGACGGACCGCCGGACAUCGCGCCGCUCGUGGGCCAGCUCACCUGGACCGAGGCGCUGGUGAUGAUCGCGUACUUUUACGAGCUCAUCUCCGAACCGCGGUGCGUGGCGCUGAUGCCGCAGUUACGCGAUGCGGAGCGCGAGCGCGCGUUGGAUGUGGUCCUGCGGGAGGCAGACCCGAGUCGCGUGAAGGCCUUACGGUUGGAUCGGGCGGAGCUGAGCCAUGUCACCGACGUGACGGCGGGGUUCUCCCGCGCCGCGGGCCAGUAUACCCCGGCCGGGAGCGUGGCGGGCGCGCCGGUGGAUGUGUUCGCCGUCGAUCCGCUGCUCACGGUCACGGAGGACCGGACCGUCUGGGUCGAGCGGUAUCUGGGCCAGUGGAGGGCGUUGUCGCGACGGGGCAUGGCCGUGCACCAGUGCGAGGGCCGGCAUGCCGAUAUGCUCGGCGCGCGGUACGUGAAUGGCCUGCAGCUGGUGUUGCGGCGGGUGUUGGAGGAGAGGGGCGUUUAG